AUGCCGAAAAUUCGCACAACCCGCACGAAAAAGCCUCCUGAAGGGUUCGAGGAGAUCGAGUCGAUCCUCGAUGACUAUGCGAAGAAGAUGAGGGACGCUGAGAACGAGUCGCACGAGGGCAAGCGCAAGUCCGAGUCUCUAUGGCCCAUCAUGCGUAUCUCGCACACCAGGUCCCGCUAUAUUUAUGAGCUUUAUUACAAACGCGAAGCUAUUAGCAAGGAAUUAUACGAAUGGUUGCUCAAGGAGGGCUAUGCCGACGCCAAUCUGAUUGCCAAAUGGAAAAAAACGGGGUACGAAAAGUUGUGUUGUGUUCGUUGUAUUCAAACACGGGACAUGAACUACCAAGGCUCGACUUGUAUUUGCCGUGUUCCGAAAGCUCAGGUAAAAGAGGGCACUGUUGUUCAAUGUGUUCACUGCGUCCUGGAUCGGCCAAGGAACGACGAGGCUGGAAGCAGCGGAUUUACACAGAUCGAACUGGCCGGUGGUAUCUUGUCUGGAGAAAAUCCAUCUCAUUUCGACACUGCGAAUCCUAUAAGGAUAUGGGUUAUUCAACUGAUCCUUAUUGUCUGCAUGACCCAAGGAUUGGCCCUUGUGUUGGCAAAGCUGAAGCAACCGCGCGUUAUUGCCGAAGUCAUCGGUGGCAUUCUACUUGGUCCUACAGCUUUCGGCCGCAUCCCCAACUUUUCAAAGACAGUGUUCCCUCCAGAAUCGCUCCCAUACCUGAGCUUGGUGGCCACCAUUGGUCUUUGCUUGUUCAUGUUCGUCAUAGCCAUGGAACUUGAUAUUGCGGUUAUUAAACGGAAUGCCAAGGCAUCUACAGCCAUUUCGGCGGCUGGUAUGAUUCUUCCCUUUGGCGUGGGAGUUGCAGUUGCAGUUCCCAUCUAUCACCAAUUUAUCGACCCGGAAAAAGCAUCGUUUGGUCAUUUCCUCUUGUUCGUUGGUGUUGCCAUUUCAAUCACUGCAUUCCCCGUGCUGUGUCGCAUUUUGACGGAAUUGAAGCUCUUGGACACUCACGUUGGUGUGACUACCCUGUCUGCUGGUGUUGGAAACGAUGUUGUUGGAUGGAUCCUCUUGGCAUUGACUGUUGCCCUUGUUAACGCCAGUGAAGGACUCACGGCACUAUAUAUUUUGCUCACUUGCGUCGGAUGGAUUCUCUUUGUUUUGUUUCCUGUCAAGUGGGGAUAUCGAUGGCUUGCCAGGUACAGUGGAAGCCUCGGAAGCGGUACGCCUACACCGUUUAUGAUGACUGUCACCAUGUUAUUGGUGUUCGCGAGCGCCUUUUUCACCGAUGUGAUCGGCGUACAUGCCAUCUUUGGGGCCUUUAUAGCUGGCUUGGUCAUCCCAAGAGACAACGGCUUUUCCAUUGCUCUUCUCGAAAAGAUUGAGGACCUAGUCUCCAUCUUGUUUCUACCAUUGUACUUUACGCUUUCGGGUCUCAAGACCGAUCUGGGUCUCUUGAAUGAUGGCACCGCGUGGGGAUAUACUUUCUUGGUUAUCGUGGUUGCUUUUCUUGGAAAGUUUAUUGGCUGCGCUGUCACUGCGCGCCUCAUGGGUUUCAACACUCGCGAAUCCGGAGCGAUUGGGAUGUUGAUGAGCUGUAAAGGACUCGUUGAGCUCAUUGUGCUUAAUAUUGGUCUGGCGGCUGGAAUUCUCGACACCAAGGUGUUCUCGAUGUUUGUUAUGAUGGCGGUAGUUUUGACCUUCAUCACAUCGCCUUGCACGGUUUUCAUCUAUCCAGAGCGAGUUCGUCAACACAUCUCAGCGAACAAAUCUUCUAGCGAAGACCCAGCUAAUAUGAACCACCGCCGCUCAGUUGCUGGAAAUGCUACCGGCCCUAUCUCACUAAUGACCCGUUUCACCGUCGUGUUGAGCAAAAUUGAACACCUGCCGGCUGUCAUGACUUUAACCCAGUUCUUACAACCCCCUCUCAAGGCGUCGUUGGCUAAACCUGCUUUGAUUGGUACCUCUGACGAAAAGAUGGAUCUAAUGGACCCAAGCAGCCCAAUAAUUUCACCUCUUCCUAGUAAUACACCCCUCGUUUCCGAUGGGACCCCUCGUGUUACCAUUGAUGCGCUUCGCCUGAUUGAACUCACGGAACGUACCUCAGCGGUCAUGAGAGUUACCGCUGCCGAAGAGCUGAUGCACCGCGAUACUUUGAUCAGCGUCAUGCGCACAUUUGGACACCUUAACCGAAUCCCAGUCUCUUCGGCACUUUCUAUUGUCCCUCAGGAGUCAUUUAGCUCUAGCGUCACCUCCCAUGCUCGCGAAACCAAUGCUGAUCUCGUAGUUGUCCCAUGGAACGCCGCUCCCUCGGCUAUCGAAGAGAUCCCACAAAAUAGCAAUGGAGUGGCUCCUCAAAACCCAUUCGAUGCUAUCUUUGGUGGUCGUUCUGCUGCUGUCGACAAGGCUACAGCAUUAGGCUAUUCGCAAUUUAUCCGCCGGGUCUUUGUCGAGUCCCCAGCAGAUGUCGCACUUUUCAUUGAUCGUGGACUUUCACCUCUGGAGACCAGCGCUACAUACGGCCAGCACAUAUUCUUGCCGUUUUUUGGAGGCCCUGAUGAUCGCCUUGCGCUCGCAUUUGUCGUCCAGUUGUGCGCGCACCCUGCCGUUUCAGCAACAGUUAUGCGUAUGAAGAAGACUGACGGCCUUGAGGAAACGGAGACUCGGGCCACAGAUGUGAAGACUCAACAAGUCGCUGCCACUCUUGCUGCUAACAACAUGACCGUUCAUUCGGUGGGUGCUACUUCCCAGUUUGAUACUGAUCUACUAACGCUCGUUCUUCAGAUGGGUCCUGAUACAAUCUAUCCGCAAAAUACCACUCAAACUCGUCUCCAGUCUGAAACCGCUGAUAACUUGUUUUGGACUCAAAUGGUUUCCUCUUCCGAUGCGCAGUCUCCGGCGAUCCAGGGUGCUCUUUCCCGUAUUACGUUUGUCGAAGACGAAUCUCCCACACCUUUGGCCGGAAUCCUGAAACAAUGCAGUAAUGAACAUGACUCUGCUGUGGCGAGCAGCAAGGCUUUGCUUGUAGUAGUCGGCCGCGGACGACGAUUGGCGGCCGAAUCGCAUACAGAUGAACUCCGUGAAAUUAUUGCUGCUUCCAAUGCGUCGGGCACAAUUGGUGGUGAGGUCCGAAGGACUGUGGGGGAUGUUGCCACUGCCUUUGUAGCUACGGGCGCCAAGGCAAGCCUAUUCGUUCUACAGGCUUCGGAUAAUGUUGGAGAUGAUUGA